AUAUGGCGGGAAAACUAAUCAAAACAAUUAUCAUUUUUGAAAGUAAUUGUUAUGGUAUGAAAUUAUUAUAAAAAAAUCGAAAAUGAGUGAUUAUCCAGAUCCAGAUGAAGAAUUUGAAUUGAUGUAUGGUGAUGAAUUAGAAUUGUUGAGAGAACAAGAUGAAGAUUACCACCCACCUUCUAAAAGCAGAAAGAGCCUGAAUUUUUCAACUCCCUCUAGCUCCAAAGAUGUUUCCAGACAAUCAGAUUCAAAUGGACAACAAAAUGUGAACAGCUUUGAUGAUGAUUUUCCCUUGCUUUUGCCUGCAACCACAGAUAACUUGCAAUCAUCAACAACUCUCAAUGUUUCUGAAAUCUCUCAUGAGCCUCAUACAAGUUUUCAAGUAUCCUCUUCUCAGAAUAUAGAACAAAUCAUUGAAGCAGAUUCAAGUGAUAGUAGAAAAAGAACUGUUGAUGAUCUAUUUGGUGACAUCAAUGAUUUAGGUGAUGAUAUUUUGUGGGAAAAUGAACCAAUUUCAAAGAAACCAAAGCUCAGUGAGGAAGAAGAACUUCAUGUACUUAUGAAACAAAUAAUCAGACUGAGAGAAUUGAAUAAGGAGAAACACAAUCUUCUCUCUGGUAUAAACAAGAAUACCACAUACAGUCAUAUACAACAUUCUAAACAUAAUUUGUCCUAUAGAGUGCCAAAAUAUCCAUUCAUUGGGGUAAAAAGACAUGAUGGAGAGAGAAUUUAUGUAAGAUUUCAUUCUGAGGAGUAUGAAAAGGAGGAAAGACAGACUAUAGUGAAGGAAUGUUCUUCUAAAGGUUUACUUGGUGAUGGCUAUAAGGAAAUUUGGAAAGACGCAAAAACACUGAUCACCAAGCAGAUCAAGCUAGCUCAAGAAGAAAUCGAUCAAAGUACUGAAUUAUCAUUCGAUACAAAAAAUGAUGGAAGCAAACAACUCUGGACAGAUAUGUACAAACCCCGCAAAUAUAUUGAGUUACUCAGUGAUGAGAGUACAAAUCGAAUUAUGUUGAAGUGGUUGAAACUGUGGGACAAAGCAGUAUUCAAUAGAAAACCAAAAGUGAAACCAAUAAGGCCGGCAGAGAAAAAUAAAAAUUGGUUCUUCAAAGAAAAAGAGCUUGAUACUAAUAUGGAUGAGCAUGGGAGACCACAUCAUAAGGUUGCAUUGCUGUGUGGACCUCCUGGGUUGGGUAAAACAACUUUGGCCCAUGUAGCUGCAAAACAUGCCGGCUACAAUGUAGUAGAAGUGAACGCGUCAGAUGAUCGUAGCACUGAAGCUUUCAAAACCUCCUUGGAAAACGCCACUCAGAUGCGGUCGGUAGUCGAUAAAGAAAAACGGCCCAAUUGCCUCGUAUUCGAUGAAAUCGAUGGAGCCCCGCAAGCCUCCAUAGACUUCUUGGUGAAAUUCAUAAGUGGCAACGUGACCACCAAGUCCAAGAAGGGAAAGGGUCAAAAACAGGCAGUGCUGAAACGACCCAUCAUCUGCAUAUGCAAUGACGUGUAUGUACCAGCUUUGAGGCCGCUGAGGCAGAUCGCGUUUGUCAUCAAUUUCCCUCCAACAUCUAGCGUGAGAUUGUCCGAGAGGCUCAUGUGCAUAUCGAGAAGGGAGGGCAUCAAGACUGACAUGGGAGCUAUGAUGGCUCUGGCUGAGAAGAGCAAUAAUGAUAUUAGGUCUUGUUUGUCUGUGUUGCACUUUUUUAAAACGCACAAGAAACCUGUUACGUUGUCUGAUAUUUAUAGAACCAGCAUUGGACAGAAGGAUAUGCAGAAAGGUCUUUUCACUGUUUGGCAGGAGAUUUUUCAAAUAGAGAGACCCAAACUGAGAUCAGUGACUGAUUUGAAUAAUAUAUCCAAUAAACAUACCAUGCAAGUCAGAAUGUCGAAAAUUCUUCAAACCGUAUGCUCAUUUGGAGAUUAUGAUAGACUAUCACAAGGGAUUUUUGAAAACUUUCCAAAAUUGAUUCUCAAAGAUUCCUCGAUGCAAGGUUUGAGUCAGGCUGCGGAAUGGUUUGUUUUCAGCGAUGUGCUGAACAAUCAGAUUUAUUCCCUGCAGAACUAUUCGCUGAGUACAUAUUUACCAUAUGCGUUUGUUGUUUGGCAUUUCACAUUUGCAGUCCCUCAGAGUCAAAAGUUGAACUACCCUAGUAUUGGAUAUGAGGCCAAACAGAAAGAAACGCGCCAGAAAGCGGUGGUCUCCGAGGUCCUUCGCGGCAUGCCGCCCCACAUCAGGGCCUACUGCCAUCGCCUGUCGCUCAUCCUCGACAUCCUGCCGAUGAUCUCGAAGAUAAUCGUGCCGCCUUUCAGGCCGGUGAGUCUCCAUCUGUACACCAAGGACGAGAAGCAGGGUAUGUUGCGGGUGGUCAAUACCAUGAUCGAUUAUAAUCUGAAUUACGUCCAGGAGAGGUUGCCCGAUGGAGUUUAUGUCUACAAUCUAGAACCCAACAUUGAAGAUAUUGUUCAUUUCAACAAAACAUCAAUAACUAAAACGACUCUUUCAUAUUCCAAUAAGCAAAUGAUUUCCAGAGAAAUUGAACUUGAAAAAAUGCGGAGAUUCGAAGUGCCUAAAUCAGCAAUAGAAACGUCUAAGAACCCCAAUGCAAUGAAGGAUAAAUCAUCACCGAAAACGCCAUUGCCAAAUCAUUUGCAAAAGUUGAAAGCAAGAUCAGUUAAUGCAAAACCGACUGUUAGAAAGGAUUUCUUCGGAAGAGUCAUUACAUCACCGACGAACAACUCUGGACAAGGACCAACGGGACCAAACCUUAAGAACGAUAUUUGGUAUCAAUAUAAGGAAGGGUAUAAUAAUGCAGUGAGAAAAACAAUCAAAAUUGGGAAUCUCAAAUGAGUUUUUCAGUUUUAAGGAUUGACUUUCACAUCAUAUUUUAUCUGAUUUUAAAUAUUUAAUAUAAUUUUUUUGUUU